CGGAGGGGCAGAGAGAGAACCAGAGAUCAGGGCACGAGGAGGAGAACCGCGGCGAACGCACCGAAUCAUGGCCACAGCAGACACGGCACCACAGAUCCUUCAGUCCGAUCCCCGCGCACCGAGCCUGACGUCACGGAUGACCGGCACUGGAACCGAGCUGACUGAGAGCACGGCAGAUCCGCGGACAGAAUGAGGGUGAUUUAUAUCCAGAACGCCGGCGCGGUCGCUGCUUUCUCGGUCGAGACACGGAACGAUUUUCUGCGGUAGAUCGAAACAAAGGAAUAUCGGUGAAGACAUGAUCGAACGCGCAACGGCAACGUGAAAACGUCAUAAUGGAAUAGCACACGUCAUAGAAUAGAAUAGCGUCAUAAUAGAAUAGAACGCGGUAGAUCGUUCUAAUUGUGAAUGAUACAUUGUAGCAUUUUUAUAUUUGCCAUAAAGCCUUGUGUUCCGCCGCAUUCCGAUGUCAUUGGGAUGUGUUCUGUAGUGUUAUUUUAAUAAUAUGACAUGUAGAGUAUUUGUAGUCCGUUUAUAUCCAGUUCUUGUUUUAUGGUUCAUAACUAGACUAGACUAUUUUUUAGAUAGCCUACCAUAGCCGGCUAUAGGUAGAAUAGACACCUCAUUAAAACAUGAGUCAUUAUCGACAAUCAUAAAUGAGUUUACACGUGAAUUAAACAUUUUCUUGUAAUUUAUUUAUUUAUUUAUUCAUUCAUAUGCUAAUUGGGUCUAUUAGUGUUAUAUUAUCAAUAUUUCAAUAGCAUUUAGUCAAGGUAUAUUUAAGCGUACGGCGAGGUGUUGGACGUCAGCCUUUGGGGUGAUGGAGACACAAAGGCCGGGUGCAGGUGGCCCGUCGGGCCCCUCGGUGGAGUCACCUGGGUGCUCCGGAGGGGUGCAACGCAGCAGCUCCGGUGUAAAGAAACAUCACCACAAACACAACCUCAAGCAUCGAUACGAGCUGCUGGAGACCCUGGGGAGAGGAACGUACGGGAAAGUCAAGAAGGCCAUCGAGCGCCAUUCUGGAAGAGAGGUUGCCAUCAAGUCUAUCAGGAAGGAGAAGAUAAAGGAUGAACAGGACAUGGUUCACAUUCGACGAGAGAUUGAAAUCAUGUCAUCGCUUCGCCACCCACACAUCAUCUCUAUAUACGAAGUGUUUGAAAAUAAAGACAAGAUCGUGAUCGUCAUGGAAUACGCCAGCAAAGGCGAACUCUACGACUACAUCAGCGAGCGUCGCCGUCUGACGGAGAGAGAAACCAGACACUUCUUCAGACAGAUCGUGUCUGCUGUGCACUACUGCCACAAGAAUGGUGUCGUUCACCGGGACCUAAAACUGGAGAACGUGCUACUGGAUGAGAACUGUAACAUAAAGAUUGCUGAUUUUGGCCUGUCCAACCUGUACCAUAAGGACAAACUUCUGCAGACAUUCUGUGGUAGCCCGCUGUAUGCGUCACCAGAGAUUGUCAACGGAAGACCUUAUUGUGGUCCAGAGGUGGACAGCUGGGCUCUGGGGGUGUUGCUGUAUACGCUGGUCUAUGGCAGUAUGCCGUUUGAUGGAGGAGACCACAAAAAUCUAAUUCGGCAAAUCAGCAACGGGGAGUAUCGAGAACCGACUCAGUCAUCAGAUGCUCGUGGUCUCAUCCGCUGGAUGCUGAUGGUCAACCCUGAACGGCGGGCAACGGUUGAAGACAUCGCCAAUCACUGGUGGGUAAACUGGGGAUGGAAGACCAGCGUGUGUGACUGUGAGUCUCAAAGGGAUGCUGGCUCGCCCAUGUUGGCCCGUCUCAUCGACUGGCAGAACCGGACCGAGCCCCGUCCCACCAAAGCCGUCCGAUCCGAGCCGUUCCUGCUGGUCCAUCAACGUCCCAAAAAGUCCAAGAAAGAAAACGAUGUUGGAGUUUCCCAGUGUAAUGGCGAGGACAGCGAUGACCUGAAGAGACCGAAGAGCAUCUUGAAGACGAGACUAUCCGAAGAGCAAGACUCUCCAAGUCUUGAAGACAUAGAGUUGGGGUCAGGUGCAGGAACCCCAGAGAAGGAUUCUGGGCCUGAUGAAGCUGAGGAGGAGUCAGCGCUAACAGGCCACUCCCCUGGUAAGAUGAUCUCCAUCCUUCCAAAGAAAGGGAUCUUAAAGAACAACCAGCAACGGGAAUCAGGGUAUUAUUCUUCCCCGGAGCGCAGCGAGUCCUCUGACCUGCUAGGUGGCAACAUCACACCGCUUGCGUCCAGCUCGCCACCAAAGCGAGUGGUUGGUAGGAAGGGCAUCUUGAAGCGCAAUGGGAAGUAUUCCACGUACAGCGGAGCUCCUCCCGUGAGCGUCCUGGGAGAACCGGCACCUGGCGAUUCAGGGUUAUCCCGCAGUCAGAGUCGCCCGUCAAGCAUCGUAAGGCAGGAUAGCGACACCAUCACAAGCAGCUCCUUCAGCGCCACCGACUGGCCCCUGCCCACCGCCCGGCCCAAAAUCAGAGGCUGUGUGUCUGCAGAAAACCUCCUCCAGCUAUCUAACUUCAAAGGGCUUACGGCGGCUCCACCCCUACAUAGUGGAAAAUUUGGGAGGGGAGCACAGAGGUCCCCUGGGGAUAACAGCAGCUUCUCUCUGUUAGGAGAUCUGGAUGAUAUGACUCAGGUGUACCAACUAGCCCUGGACAUCAGCAACAACCUGUCAUAGGGGGUCAAUUGAGAGGUGUCUAGAAAGAAAGAUGGAAGGUGUUUGGCAUGUUGGUGACGACCAGUUUAAUACUGGGAUUCUGUGAAUGGGAGAAUUCAUUUUUUGAUGGGAUGAUAUUGGAAGUCAUACACAACCAUUACCCUAACUCAAACUCUUAGUCCCUAACCACUAACCCUACCCAAUCCCAUAAGCAGUGUUUGAAGCAAGUUUCAGUCGGUACUUUGGGACAAUAUCUCCCCUACUGGCAAGAGAUGAAAUUAAAUGUUUACAUAUUAAGUGAAAGGUGAGUUAGCAUUACAGAAGACGUCAUGGAACGCUCUUGAUGACAAAAAUAAGCCAACCUGAGUUUAUAAAGCACCUUAAAACUCGCAGAGCACAUGUCGUGUUGUCUUUACUUUCGAUACAAGAAACCAGGGUCUUGCUCCAAAAGAACUGUCGUUUAUUAUUUAUUAAUAUUUUUUAGUAGAUUUAGUGAUACAAAACUGGUGUGGUCUGGCAGUACUGGAAGCAUAACAGUUAAAUCUCUCAUUUCCUUAAGUGGAACUGACACAUAUAAUAGUUUUUUCUUUGUUGGUUAUUGUUAAUAUAUCUUAAACUACAUAAUGAUCAAACUUGUAUUGAUCUUAUACCUGAAAUCAGUGGAGCAUAUGGAAUUAUAAAAGUGCCUUUUUUGUUUGUAAUUCAUAUUAAAUUAUGUAUGUCAUUUCCUUGAGGUGAAGACGAGAGAUGCCAGAGGAAGCUGUUUUCAGGUGAACAGCAUUGAUUUUAUUUUAUUUUUUUGUUGAGUUUGUAUUGAAUGGUUAGAAAAUGCCCAGGACCUCAGAGCACAAAGUCUACCCUACAAGAAUGUCUUGAUCUUAAGGUAUGUUAUACUUGUUUCUUAAAAUCUUUCCCACCGCGUGCACAGUGUUUGCAUAGCUUUAUUUAAGAAUAACACAGUUGAUCCGCGAGCCGAUUCCAGAACGCUCUACAUCAUUAACACAGGAUGUUCAGUGUUUGGUACUUCAAGGUACUUCAAGGCUCCAACAUCUCAGAUCAAGUCCGGGAGGUUUUGAUUGGUCGGUUGUGAUGGAGUCCUGACAGAAACGUGCGUGCAAGCACCAUGUGUUUCUCUGGAGCGGUUCUCUUGUGGUUUCUUGAUUGGGUUAGGUGACUGUUGAAGGAUUCUGGAUACUUUCACCUUAACAACGUUAAAAGCAAGGUAGAAAUCUCAGACACGCUCUCAAUUUCCAGGAAUGUUCUACAGUAAGCAGAGACCAGCAUGUUUGGUUAUUUCCUUAAGUUUCGGCCUGUAGAAACAUGGCCUUUCUUGGUGUUUAUCUGUUGAUCUCUGUGGAUUUCAUUGCUCAGCUCUAAGAAUAACAGAUUAUUGGUUUUGUGUUGGACUUUGAUGCCCGAUACGCUCUCCGUAAGGGCUGAAAAACCACAAACAGAGAGAUUAGUUUCAAAGCAGUGAUGAGCCAGCAAAUUCCAAAGGUUUCAGGGGCAUGUUUGGACUAGAUCUUAACACCACGACCCAGAGAACGUCCCUGCGUGUGUUGGUUUAAUAUGGGGAAAAUCUUAAGUCUUUAGUUUCUUGGCGAGUGAAGUUUAAGAAUCACAUUGUUUUUAGAAGGUAAGUGUUUAGGGGACCUAGUCGUAGAGAGAGUCGUACAGAGAGAUGUUUACGGGGGUAGAUUCAUAGAAGUAUUUAUGGAAGUGGGGCACUUUUCCAGUAGGUGGGAUAUCCAGAAAUAUUCACUGGAAAAGAUGAGUGUAGCUUUAUCGCUGCAUGUGAAGAAAGAUGAGGGUAAGUGUAGAUACAGAGAGAUGAAGAAUGUAGAUGAAAGGAUGAGGGAAGUUUAUUAUACCAAAGAAAAGUGUUAUUGGUAAAGACAUGGAGUCUCCAGAUUGACCAAUGAGAUGCAAGAGGGCAAAGUUAGCUAAUCUUAAAUUGAAAAACGACUGUCGACAUUAAUAAACCCAGAUAGCACAGGUACGUCUGUAAGAUGUCUCCUAGAGAUCUGGAAAACAUCUGCUGUGUAAAAACAUCUGAUGAACGUCUUCGAAAAGGCAGUUUUACGUACAUUCUAAACCAUAAACAUCUUACAGACAUCUUCUAGAUGUCUAUAUGAUAUCUAAAAGGAAAUGUCUCGGAGACGUAUUGCUGAUGAGCAAACAAUAAAGAAAUACAUCUUGCAGAUGUAAAGACAGACAUCAAAUAGACGUCUCUCAGAUGUUUGUGUCCUAUCAGGUAAAGGUGAAUUUGUCAUCUUUCAGAAAUUUCAAAACAAUAUCGUAGGAGACAUUUUGUUCGAUGGAGGUCCUGGCUAGAUAUUAUAGACACGCCUAAAGUGUAUGGUAUCAUAUUGCAUAUCUGUAUUGCAUUGUAUUGUCAACUGGAUUAACAGUGAUCAAAUUAUACUAUGUUAGUAUUUUUAUGUUAUUGCGCUUCUGUUUUUGAUUCUCCAAAAUAUUAUUAUUGAUUUACGUUUGAGGAACGUUGUGUGUAUUAAUCAACGCUUUCUCCCGGUAUGGACAGGUUUUUAGCACUAGCCGUGCAUGCGGUGCUAAUGCUAAUGCAUUUAGCGUACACAGACGUUCAGUCACACUACUGCACAAUUUCGUCAGGGUCAUACUGUCACAGAAUGCCGUCUCACAGAUCUGACCCAAUAUUUGGUGUCACAAUAUUCACAAUCAACCUUAAUUGUCGACAAAGUCGAGCAGCCACCCAGAUGUGCCAUUUUGGCUAAAUGCCAUUGCAAACGCAAACAUGCUCUCAGCCAAACUGGAAAUACCUGGUGCAUAUUAGUUAGUCAAAAAUUCAUUGAGAGAAAAAAAACUUGACUGGAUAUUAUAAUUAACAGUACUGAAAUGUUAGUAUUAUGUUAUUUAUGUAUUAUUUUUAUUACGUUCAAUUACUAUUGUUGGGGGAUCCGUUGAAAAAUCCUGGACUGCCAAAGGUCUUUUUCGUUCAGUGCCUUUGCUUAUAUUUUAUGAUUUUUGUUUAAUUUUUUGAUAAUGAAUUUAUUACAAUUGCAUUUUUAUACUCUAUUUAUUGGUGGUGAAGCCAUUUCGUUCUAUACACAAACAAACACUGAAGACAACUGGAGGAGCAGAAAGACAGUGCGUUGUGAUCACAUGGUUGUGUCGUAAAGCUUUGGUUGUGCGUUCUGUCGACAAACUGCUUUGUUGUUUGUUGGAGAUAUCUCGCUAACCAACAGUCUUUUGUACCACAAAACCAAAUCUGUGUAAAACUGAUUCAAUAAACUGAUCAUUUCAA